AUGCUCAACCAGCCUCCAGGCAAUGACGGGACUUCGGACCCAGCCAAGAAGCCUGUGCUGCCCCGCGGCGCCCGCAAAAACUGCUGGAUGUGCAAGGCCACUGACCACGAGCUGUCCACGUGCCUGGCCGUGACGGAUCCGGGCGAGCGUGAAGCAGUGCAGUGGCGGGUUCAUUUGGCCAAGACGAAGACUAAGGCGCCUGCCACGGUCAGCCAGGCCACACCACACGCGUCGCUCAACUGCACUCGCAGCACAUCCUCGUUCAAGAGCCUGAGCAUACCGCUCUUCGUCAACUUGUCUGGCCCCUUGCUCAACACGAAUGGCCAGCACAUUGUCCCGUCGAUCGUGCUCCUGCUUUCGUCUGCUUAG